AAACGACGACUACCUUCUGCCACCACCGCCAUCUGCCCGUACAUAGACAUUCUUCACUCCGCACAUUCAGUGACCCCAGCCCAGUACUGAUCCCAGCCAGCAGCGACAUGGUCGUGGACACCGAGUACUACGACGCCCUCGGCGUCCCGCCGACCGCGACCGAGAUUGAAAUCAAGAAGGCAUACCGGAAAAAGGCCAUCCAAUUGCACCCAGACAAGAACCCAGAUGACCCGACCGCACACGAAAAGUUCCAGGCAGUGGGCGAGGCAUACCAAGUGCUGAGCGACAAAGCACUGCGAUCGCGAUAUGACCAAGUUGGCAAGGAGGGCGCGAAGCCCGACUCAGGUUUCGAGGACCCAGCAGAGUUCUUCACCAUGAUCUUCGGCGGCGAAGCCUUCCAUGACUGGAUCGGCGAAAUCUCAAUGAUGAAGGAUUUGACCAAGAGCAUGGAGAUCUCAAUGCGCGAACAAGAGGCCGCCGAAGCCGAAGGUGCUGCCGCUACAGCAGAAGCCGCCGCCGCUACUUCAGACGCUGCGAAAGCGAAGCAAGCCGAAGCCGCCAAAGAUGCCACGCCUGGAGCCCCUCCACCACCACCUGCGUAUGCAGAGACUGCUCCGCCCGAGUAUGCCGCCGGCGCUGCUCACGAUAUCCCCAUUCGCGAUUCGAAGCCCGCAUCUGGCUCCGGCACAUCCACGCCCCGCCCAUCAGGCAUCCCUACCAGAUUGGCUAUUACCGAUAGAACGGAAGAGGAGGCUGCCGCUGCUGCUGCCGGCAUGACAGAGGAAGAGAGACUACUGCGCGAAAAGGAGAAGAAGAAGGGUGGCUUGACCAGGGAACAACGCGAAGAGCUGCUAGCAUUCGAGGCGGAGCGCAAGAAAAUCCGAGACGAGCGAAUCGAGACACUCUCCAAGAAACUCAUCGACCGCAUGAGCGUGUGGACCGAAACUGAUAAGGGCAAGGACGUCACUGAUGCCUUCCGCGAGAAGAUGAGGUUGGAGGUGGAGAACCUGAAGAUGGAGUCCUUUGGUAUCGAGAUCCUCCACGCCAUCGGACAGACAUAUGUGGCCAAGGCUUCCACCUAUAUCAAGAGUCAGAAGCCAUUAAUUGGCGGCGUCAGCGGCUUCUUCAGCAGACUUAAGGACAAGGGAAACAUGGUCAAGGACACUUGGGGCACCGUAUCCUCUGCGAUAUCCGCGCAGAUGGAGAUUGAGGAAAUGGCCCGCGCAGAGGAGAAGGGUGGUGAAGAGUGGACUGAUGAGCGACGCGCCGAGUAUGAGAAGCGUGUUACCGGCAAGAUUCUGGCUGCUGCUUGGAGAGGAAGCAAGUUUGAAAUCACUGGUGUGCUCCGCGAUGUUUGCGACAAGGUCUUGUACGAUAAGAAAGUGAAGCCAGAGAAGCGACUCGAGCGUGCUCACGCUCUCAUCGUUAUUGGCGAGAUGUUUGCAAAGGCCCAACGUGAUCCAGACGAGGAAGGUGACUUCAUGGCAUUCGAGCAGCUCAUGGCUGAAGCGACUGCGAAGCGCGAAAAGAAGGAAGACAAGAAGAAAGAAAAGGAGAAGGACAAGCAGCGCCACAGCGUCUUUGGACACAAGCCACAGGAAGAGAAGCCGGCAGCGUCGACGUCGUAGAAAGCGCCCACGCCAACGACUCCUUCCAGCUCUUCAAAGAAAGAGGGCGCUGCUCCUCCGAAGAAGUCCUCGCUUCGCGGAAAAGUGCCCCCAACUCCUUCACCACCACCUCUUCCCCCUCGUUCACCAUCUCAAUUCUCCUUCGAAUCAUCCCCGCGCCCCGACUCCCCUGCUUAUUAUGGCCGGGUACCACCACAGCAAUCGGAAGUCCACCCGGCGCUGGCGAAGACGAGAAGAAGGGCCAACGCGCAGCAUAGCAUUCGCGUUGUGGCUCCUGACCACGAUACAGACGACCCCACGACGUGGAACGACGAACUACAGAAAACGGAAGAUAAUCUCCAGCAAGAGCACAACAAGAAGGAAAAUGUUACUAGCGAGCCUGAACGUAUGAGGCCUUCGACUUGGGGAACGCCGUGAUCGUUAUCGGUCUGUCUACGUCCACUUGGACCGAAGAAACGCUUUGGAGCAGUGUGCUCUUCUGCACGAUGGCGACGAAUGUGCGUGCUUUUCUUGCAGAUCGGGAAAUGAUCGUCAAAUUGGUUGGUGGAGUACUUUUGUCUUGGGGAUUCAUCACAUCGAGCAUUGUAUGUCGCGCAGCCUGUACACUGCGAUACCAGAGGAUAGACACUUCACUUUGAUACGAUUGUAGAUGUUCCAGAAUCAGAAAUUGCUUACUGGAUCACAUUGUCACAAUGGUUCGAGAAUGCG